AAAAUGGAUCUUUAAUAGAAUGAUUAAUAAGAGAAUCAAAAGAAUAUUCAAAGUGAAUAAAAUUAAGCUUAAUAAUAAGACAAGGUCAAAUAAAUUCAAAAGGAAAAAGAAAAAUGCUUAGAAAUAAAAAACAAAGCUGGAUUAUUGUUUAACGAAUCAAAGUUUGAAGAAGCUGGAAAGAUUUACAAGGAAGCCCUUGAUUAUUGUCCUUUAGAAGAUUUAAAUAUGUUAUGUAUCUUAAAUUCAAAUAUUGCUAUUUGUUUAAUGAAAUAAUCUGAUUUUGAAAGUGCCUUGGAACAUUGCUCUAAAGCACUUGAAUUUAAUCCUGAAUUUGUUAAGGCUUUAUUAAAUAGAGCAGAGUGUUAUGAAAAAAUAGAUAAAUUCGAAGAGGCAUUAGAAGGUAUUGUUUAAAGAAUAUUCUAGAUUAUAAGAAAUUAAAGGAAUUAUAACCUUAAGAUAAGGUUAUAAUAAAAAAGUUCAUUGAUUUAGAUUUAAAAGUAUAAGAAAUACAAGAAUAUUAAUAUAAAGAAGCUUUGAAGGGAUUAAAAAAUAAUAAUGGAAAUUCAUUAUUAGGAAAAUUAGGAUUGAAUGCAGAUCAAUUUAAAUUAGAACAGAAUGAAAAUGGAACAUAUAAUAUAUCAUAUAAAUCAUGACUCAAC